AUGGCUUCCGUCAUUCGUUUCUUCGCCGUUGCUCUCCCCCUCGUGGGAUCUGUGUUGUCCCAAUCCGUUAGUGUCCAUGAUUACAUACCGAAAUGCGCCGUCAAAUGCUUCGCGGACGCCAUCCAGUCAGAAACCACCUGCGCUGUCCUCGACGCGGAGUGCCAUUGCUUGUCCGAUAAUCUCCACGUCAUCGCUGAGAGUGCCACUCCUUGUUCUGUGGAGGCCUGCGGCGACGAUGCUACUGAGAACGAAGUGCUUCCGGGCGCUCGAGCCUACUGCUCCGCAGCCAGCGGCUCUGUUGCGGACUCUACGGCUCCGGCUUCCCAAACCCCUAGCUCUGCAGCGAGCCAGACAUCGACUGUGGCGGAGCCUACCAUCUCGCAGUCCACCAUCCCCGAGUCGACCGCGCAGACAACUGUUCCCAGCUCUACCACCACACCUGUCAUCGUCAACGGCGCUGGGAUGCAGUAUGUCAGUGUUUAUCAGUUGAUGCUUAUUUUUGCUGGCGUCCUUGUCCUCUCCUAG